UCAGUAACACGAAAGCGUUCGAGAGAGCAAGUUAGAAAGGAAUUUGUUGAAAAAAACUGUAAUAAGUGUUUAUUGCCUGUUAGGUAUUCAGUGUCAGUGGUUGUGUUAUUGUGUGAAACGGAACGACAAUGCUCAUCAUGGCUCCAGUGUCUUUUGAGCACAAAGCAAUGGCUCUAGCUACGGCAUCAGCGACGAUGGAGUCCUCCCAGUCCCUCAUCCAGUCGGAGUCGAGGGUCCAGAGGAGUUACCAGGAGGUCCAGGUCUCCGAGCAGAGGACGGUCAAGAAGAAGACCAAGUCCAGACGGCAUAAGGAUGAAGGGACCAUAUCGGUGUCAAAAAGUUCAGAGAAGCUGUUCAAGAAGAUGAAGGCUGCUGACGCUGAUGCAGCCCCCCACUGCGAGAAGUGUUCGCGUCCCGUGUAUGCCAUGGAGAGGAUCAAGGCCGAGAGGAGGGUCUGGCACAAGGAGUGCUUCCGGUGCACCCAGUGCAAUAAGCAGCUCACAGUGGAGACUUACCAGAGUGACCACACGACGCUGUACUGCAAGCCGCACUUCAAGCAACUGUUCGAGCCCAAACCUGUGGAUGACGAUGACGUCACUGACGCUGCCCCCAAAAAGCACCAGAUGAUCAUCUGCGAGAGCAAUCCGGUCGAGUUGCCGCCAGAUGUCGUUAGAGCAUCAGACAAACCAGACCUUGGCUUGGAGGAGCUCUCCCAGCUGGACGUGAAGUCCAGGUUCGAGGUGUUCGAGCGCAAGGCCAAGUCUCCCGAAGAGCCCCUGCCCCAGGAACCUCGCGUGCCCAGGGAGAAAACCGCCGCCAUACUGUCCAAACUUGCCAAGUUCAAAGCGAAGGGCAUGGACGUGGGCGUAUCGGACGACUACCUGAACGGCGUGCCGGUCGAGCACAGCUCCAGCGAGCCUGAGGAUGAUGAGGAUGACGAAGACUCAGUACUAAAGAAAUCGUACAAGCACACCGCCAGCCGCGAGCAACCAGUCUCAUUCUGCAACAUGAGCGAGAUCGUGGGCAAGUUCGAGACCGGCCAGCACUCCUCCUCCGAGAGACAUCGCGAGAGGAAGCAGGAGAUACAGAACAUACGCAGCAGGCUGUUCAUGGGCAAACAAGCUAAAAUCAAGGAGAUGUAUGAACAGUCAGUGCUGCAGAGCGAACAAGGAGUAACGUCAGCAGAUAAGAUUUCCCGUGAAUUGGACCUGAACGCGGAGAAGGCUCGCGCUAUCAAACAGCGCUUUGAAAACGGAGAGCUCUUCAACGAUGAGAACCAACCGCCCAAGAACCGGGAGAUUGAUGAUAGAGCGCUUUUUAAUGAAGGUAUCGGCAAGAAGUCUCGCUCCAUCUUCUUGGAGCUGGACGCGAACGCCAAGAAUCUGCCCCCCACCUCCCCACCCCCAUCCGACGUGCCCAAGCGCAAGGAGAUCCCAUUCAUCCCCAAAGACGUGGUCCGUGCUGCCGACAAGUUAGAAGACGUCAAGAUCGAGACGUCUGACAUUUCAGACCGGUUCAAGUUCUUCGAGACCUACCAGCCCAAGAGCGAGCGCAAGGAGUUCCGCAUGACGCCGCCUAGGCAGACACAGCGUGCUAAGUCCCCAUCUCCUGAGAUCUACCACGAGCCCAGCGUGGUGCGGGCAGAGGAGGCGGCCACCGACACCAGCGUGGCAGCAGCCAGGCACACCGCGCAGCGCAUGAUCUCCGUCUUCCGCCAGCUCGAGCACCAGCAGAACAAGCCUGAUGAUAGCCAAGGCCCCAAGCCCCUGAAGAGGUUCACCCCUCCCCCUCCCGGCGAGAACAACCACCAGGGGGAGUCCUCCGAGGAGUACUCCUCAGAGGAGGAAUAUGAGGAGGACAGCGAGGAUGAGAGGCGCAGGGUCUACCUGGAAGCGCGGCAGAGGGAUGAGGCGCUUAAACAGGCGCAACAGCUAGCCCGCACGAAGAGUUUCCGCGACCGCUUCGAGCACUGGUCGGAGUCCGAGCCGCAACGCUCCCCCUCCAGCGUCGUCAUCGAGCGACACGCCGACAACGAUGACGACGGAGAGUCACAGCUCGAAACUGCCAAGAGCUUGCGUCAGAAAUUCGAGAGUAUGAACGUGACGCAGACGAAUGUAACGAAAACCUUCGUGCCCAAAGUCAACAGAUUUGUGUGACCGCCUCGAGUUAACUACCACACCAACCAAAGCAUUAUUAACAUUAUCGUUGUAAAGUCUCCUAUAAUAACUACUUGCCAACUAUUUUAUUGUAGUUCAUAAGUAUUGGUUGUAGUCUAUUGACAAAUUGACGGAUAUUCUCUAGAGUAGACAUAUUUAUUUACAUUUGGAUAACACGACUGAUAGAGAAUGCAUUUUAAUACAAAAAAGUGCCUUAGAACCUGCAAUUUACAAAAUGAGUGUUUUAGAAAAAAUAUAUAGGUACAGAGUUUUAUAGUCGAAUCUCGUUUUUUAGAUAAAUCAAUUUAUGAUGUUUUUUAGAGUAUUGUUCAAAACGUAUUCAUUUUCGUAUUUUUCAUGAAAAUCAUUUAAUUUAAUAUCUAUUUAUAAUGUUACAUAAAAUAUGUGGAAACAUUUUAUGUUGUAAGCUUAGUCACAUGUUAAUGUAGAGAGAAUUAUCAGAAUACUCAGUAAGAUAUACCAUUUAUAUCUUAUUUAUGAGGAAUUCUUUAUUUAUCUUAUUUACUCUAGUUUAUUUUUUUCUUAAACUUUUUAUUUAUAAGUGUCGUCCUUGCCGAUCACGUGUUGUGAUUUUUUCAACUGGCAACCCUGUACUCUGUCUUGCCAGAAUAUAGUUAUAAUUUAAUCUCUCUGUGCCAUCUCAAUGUUCUAUUAAUCUCGUAUUAUUUAAUAAUUAUUACUAUUGUUCAUAAUAUCGCAUGUUUAUAUUAAUUGAUACAUCUUGAAUUGUAUUUUAGGUAAUUUUUAUUAUGUGACUGAAUAUUGGAUUCUCUGUAUUUAUUUGUUUGUACUUAAAAAGUUUUGCCGAUUUUUAUAUUAUUCGAGAGUAAGGAAAUGAUUAAAUGACAAAAUUUUCA